AUGUCGCUGCAGGCUGCAUACAAGCGGUUCCUCACCACGCCAAGCUCGUCGGCGCUGGCGUCAAACGCGUCGCUACACUACAUCACCACCACGACGAGCUUUUCGGGAGCGGCCGAAAUCAUCAAGCACGUAUCCACCUCGCAGAAACAGAUCAAGAAGAAGAAGGAGAAUGUCCUCUUUGCCAUUGAGGACACGCAUGCCGUUGCCGUUGAGGUCGACACCACCCUAGAGUUUGUCUCUGGGGGCGGUGCCUACCUGCCCGGCCUCGACGACAACUUCGUCGCAGAUCGCACCGUCUAUCUCAUUGUUACGCACAUUGUGACGUUUGACGGCCAGGGCAACAUUACCCAGAUCCGUCAGAGCUGGGACCAAGCGUCACUUCUCAAGCAGCUCGAUAUUAUUGGCAAAACAGGGCGCAAUUGGCCGAUUCGUGACAGCACAGACCAAAUCAGCCUCAUCACGAGAUGUAUCAAGACUAACGGCGUCGAUGCCGUGGCCGAACCUGCGCAAGCGUCCGCGCCCGCUCCACAGGAACCCAUUGCCCGCUCUCGGGGUAACUCCGCCCACAUCCUCCGCGACCCCCAUACAACCUUGGGCCUUGGGCCGCGUGACGGCGAUAAUGACCUGCCAACUGUAGUCUCCCCCUACGCCGGCACUCGGCCUCAUCAACGUUCGUUUGCAGACGUUAUGGGUACUGGGCCCAACAACGAGCCCGAGUCACCUAGCAGAGGCCGCCAGCGCUCCGACUCGCCUAGCAAGGCGAUUGCACCCAAGAUUGGGGCCGGGAAGAACUACCAGUCUGCGCGUCUCUUCCAUGCCAAUGAGGAAGCGCCUGUCGAGAAACCCCAAGAGGAGCAACCAUCGCCCGAUCGUCUUCUUCGUCCGAAUCCCAGGAAGUAUCAGCAUUUCGACUUUGCCGACGGCUCCGAUCCGCAAGAUGCGCCCAAGACUGGCGUCGACUUUGCUGAGCUGCCCAAGACGAAGGACACCAAGAACUGGUCAUUUGACGAUUUCGUGACACCGCAGAAGCCCACAAAUACCCGCACAAUGCACCAGGGCCGAAACGUCCGUCAUUGGGGCCCCGAAAGCGAUGUGGUUGAGGAAUCUCCAGAGAGGAAGGCUACCCAGGUUCAGGGACGCCGGGACGCCGAGGCUCACUUUGAGCUUGUCGAUGACGGAGAAGCGACUGAGCCACGCCUCAUCGGUCGCCCCCGUGGUGCCGGCCGCAACGCUGGCCUUGGCCUGUACGAGGGGAAUAAACUGACUCUUGAGGACGGCAGUGUGCCAACGCCAGGCCCGCCCCCUCUUGGUAACAUCACCAACCUAGGAGGCCGCCACAAGGACUUUGACCCACAUUUCAACAUGACGGACGAGUCACCCACCGGUGGCGACGACAAGGCUGAGGACGGGCCCAAGAUCGGCGAUGAUCGCAAGAAGGCAGUGCGCAUGAUGGAGAGCAACUGGUCAAACUACGACGUUUCCCCCGCCUCGCAAAAGGAGAACAACAACCCCACCAAUGUCAGAAGGACUGGCGACGACCGCGGCAUUUCCAUUGCCGGAGACGGCAUGGGUGGCAAGAAAGGCAACGGGCGCUACUGGGCUGUGGGUGACGAAGAAGAUGAGGGACUCGGCCCGCGAAAUGUUCCCGGAAAGCAGCAGCAGCACAAGCCAACCACCAGCACCCUAUGGGACUUUUAG